AUGAUGUCUUCAUGGAGUCAUCUUUGCUACUCAUCACAUGACAACAAGACAAACAUGAAGGAAGAUUGUGUUGGGAUGUGGCGAGAAGAACUUCAAACACUUUUUGUGCUCGUACUUAAGAAACAUGAAACUAAUGAGAUUUCUUCUUCUUAUCCGUCUCUUUUAUUCCUGCUUAAGAUUAACUUGAGUAAGGAAACUGAAAUGGUUUCGCAGACACCAAAAGAUAGGAGUUUAAAUCCAUUACCUUUUAUAAUUUGCCAUAAAGCCACAGAAAUGGGAAUCUGA